AUGUCAUCGACCAGUCGCGACGCGAGAUAGGGUCUCACCUCUACCUUUCUUCUCCUCCGCACAAACGAAUCGCUGCAAUUAUCCCCCAGACUUGUUCUAGAAAAUGCAGAAACCACAGCGUGAUAUCCCUAAAGUUUUGUCAGCUCUGACCACCCGCAAUCCCGCCGAUUUGCAGGACACUCAUGGAACAAACUCAAAGGAGAAGAUUAUCGGUGUGUAUGAGUGGUAUCGCAUCGUCAGCCCCGACGCUACCAGUAACGUGAAUUCAGCGUCAUACGACAUUAAAAGUAAAGUUCUUAUCGCUGAUGUCACACGGCACUCCGGUGUUAGAUUCAGCCCGUUCAAGGUAGCCCCUUCUCGCCACAUGAUCCGUCUUGAACUCCAGGAGCAUGAUGGGCUAUACUAUAUCUAUUCAGAAGAAGAUCUCGUCCACUCCACGGACUUGAUGAAUUCACUUCUGCCGCCUCUGGCUCCACUCGUCCAGCUCGUGCUUAUCUUCUUCGCGUUUAUGGCGGUUGCGGGUUCGAAGGUGUGGUUCUUCAGCUUGCUCCUGUCGGAGAAGCUCUUCGGCAUGGGGAGCGAUACCCAGAGAGGCAAAACGAAACCGGGCUCAAAGAAGUUCACGCAAGCUGAAGACCAAGAGACGGAAGGGAAGUCUAUGCAAAACGGCUCGUCCGGAGGUAAAGCCAAAAAGUGAAUACUUGCGCAGCACACUUCAGUUUGGGUCUCGAGUCCAUCAGUUUCAUAAUCAUUCGCAGCCGUACUUCAUACACGAUCAGGACACUGUACUUUUAUCACCAAUUGUAUUUUUGACGCAGUCAUGACAGAGG